AUGUUUGGAAACUCCAAUAGUUCUGGAUUUGGUAAUAAUUCAUCCAAUGGGUUUUCAUUUAAUAACACCAACAAUACCAACAACAACACCACCAAUAAUACAAGUGGUGGGUUGUUUGGGAGCUCCAAUUCGGGAGGUUUUGGUCAAACAAAUAAUUCUGGUCAAGCUGCUUCAACGGGCUUUGGAAGCGGUAAUACAGGUUUUGGAACCAACAAUACAGCUACUACUAAUAAUACAACCUCAAACACUUCGAGUUCGUUCUCAUUUGGGGCUAAACCUGCUGAAGCAGCCAAAUCAACAAACUUCUCAUUUGGUUCAAAUAACAACACGAGUAACCCAACAGCCAACACUGGAUUUUCAUUCGGUGGUGCCAACAGCAACACUACAAACAACACAAAUAGCACAACCCCUUCAGGAGGUCUUUUCGGAGGUCAAUCAACCACAGCUCAAAAACCAGCUACUAGUGGAUUUUCUUUAGGUUCAUCAACUGGUGGAUUUGGCACAUCAGGUGGGUUCGGUUCAACUGAGAAGAAAGAUGCCCCUCCCACUGGGUUUUCUUUGGGUAACACUUCUUCCAAUACUGGCGGAUUAUUUGGAUCCAAACCUGAAGAUAAGAAAGAUACUCCAAAUUCUGGGUUUUCGUUGGGAGGUACUUCAUUAGGAGGCUCCUCGACUUCCGGAGGGUUAUUUGGAUCCAAUAGCGAAGCAAAGAAAGAUACCCCAACCACAGGAUUCAGCUUGGGUUCUACCAACACUUCAUCUGGUUUAUUUGGAUCAAAACAACAGGAAAAUAAACCAGCUUCUGGGUUUACGUUAAACAGCACUCCAGCUUCAGGUGGAUUGUUCGGUUCCAAACCAGAGGAAAAGAAAGAUGCACCAACAACAGGAUUCAGCUUAGGAUCGACACCUGCUACAGGGGGGUUAUUUGGUAACUCUACAGAGAAAAAAGAUGAUAAACCUAAGUCUGGCGGUUUUUCCCUUGGAGGAUCUGCACCAGCUACCGGUGGAUUAUUUGGCAAGCCAGAAGAAAAGAAAGACGACAAACCAGCUAGCUCUGGAUUUUCUUUAGGAGGCUCCACAAGCAGUGGUUUGUUUGGUAGUAAACCAGGUGAUAAAAAAGAUGCGCCAUCAGGAGGAUUGUUUGGCAGUAAACCGGAAGACAAACCAGCUGCCGCACCAACAACUGGUGGAUUAUUUGGUAGUAAGCCAACUGAAAAGAAGGAUGACAAACCAAGUGGAUUCUCAUUAGGUGGAGCAGCUACUCCAUCAGGCGGAUUAUUUGGUAAUAAAACAGAAGAAAAGAAAGACGAUAAGCCUGCUGGAUUCACAUUGGGAGGAAGUAAACCUGCUACUGGAGGAUUGUUUGGUAGUAAACCAGAAGAGAAAAAAGAUGCCCCUGCAGGAGGUUUAUUUGGAAGCAAACCAGCUGAAAAGAAGGACACUUCCGCAACAGGAGGUUUGUUCGGUAGUAAACCAGAAGAUAAACGAGCUGCCUCAGCUGGAGGAUUAUUUGGUAGUAAACCAACUGAGAGUAAGGACCAAACAGCUCCUACAGAAGCUAAAAAAGAUGAUAAACCGGAAACUUUGAAACCUACUAAAGUUGAACCAAUUGAAGUGUCAAUAGAUAACAAGACUUUGGAUGAUUUGAUCACCAAAUGGUCCAAACAAUUAAGUGUCACUUCCAAUAUCUUUGAAUCGUAUACUUCAAAAGUCAAAACUUGGGAUCAAGAAUUGGUUCAAAGUGGCGAAGAGAUAAGUAAGUUAUACCAAGAUACUUUAGAAGCAGAAAACUUACAAAAUCAAAUAGACCAACAAUUGGGAUUCGUAGAAAGUCAGCAAGAUGAGUUAGAGAAAUUAUUGGAUAAUUACGAACUUCAAGCAGAGAACUUGUUAAAUAAUAUCGAAACCAACAACUUCAAAAACGAUACUUUACUUUUAACCAACAGUUCAAACAACUCCACCGUUAGUGGGUUAAGUGUCACUGAUAAAUUAAGAGAAAAAGCCUAUCACAAUGCUGAAUUAUUGGAUGAAAGAUUAGGAAAUAUGGGAGAAAACUUAAGCUUGUUGAUCAACGAAAUCAAUUCUGUCAGUGAUAUUUUCAAUAAGAAUUUAUUAAAAGACUUCCAAAAUAAUUCAAAGAAUAAAGACGAAAAUUCGAUCGAGGAGAUUUUAAAAUUAUUGAACUUACAUUUGGAAAAUUUGAAGUAUGUUGAAAAAUCAGAGGAAACUUUGAAAGAGAAGUUGAAGAAGAUUGAAGCUACUAAGAAAUUAUGA